AUGAAUUUUGCAUCUCAGAUUCUGAAGCCUGCUUUCACGAUUAUACGUGAUAAAGAAUCAAAAUGUUUGCUCGUGUUCAUCCGUGGCACUCGUAGCAUAAAAGACACUCUAACAGAUGCACUAUGUGCUCCUGUCUCUUUCAAUCACAACACGGUUUCAGGACAUGCACACCGUGGUAUGGAUGCUGCAGCUUCUUGGAUUGGAGAACGUUGCAUUCCUGUACUACUUAAAGCUCUUCAUCAGUACCCCCACUUCAAGAUCAAGAUCGUUGGACACUCCCUAGGUGGUGGUACUGCUGCACUGUUGACUUAUAAGCUUAGAGAAAUUCAACAGUUGUCUUCAACAACUUGUGUCACCUUUGGCCCAGCUGCCUGUAUGACAUUGGAAUUGGCUGAGUUCGGAAAACCCUUUGUCACUUCCAUUGUAAAUGGUUCUGACAUAGUGCCAACAAUGUCAGCUUCUUCUGUUCAUGAUUUCAUUGCUGAGGAUCGGACUAAGGAUAAUAAAAACAUAAGCGGAAUUAGAGCUCGCUUAUCUUUUGCCAAAGCUGUUACAAAAUAUGCAGCAAACUAUUGUUACGAGGCUGUGAAGAAGCAUGUGAAGAAGCAUAAACACUCAUGGUUACCGAAGUCCAAAAGUGAGAAGACUCACACAUUGUCAGACAACUUGGGUGAAGCUUCUGGAUCAUCUGGGACAAGGUUUUUACCUCUUUCAAGUGAAGAGCGCUUACAGAUAGAAUCUAUUAAUGACGAUGCUGAAUAUAUUUCUAGCAAUGAAGGAUCUGACAAUAUGGAUGACUCAGAUGACGAUGAAGAGCAAUUGUUGAAUCAAACGGGGAAUCAUGAAGAAGAUAGUGUUAGUCAAGAUACAACAUUAGCUCGGCGACGUCUUUAUCCACCAGGCAGGAUCAUGCAUAUGAUCACUUCACAGAUGUCUGAAAAUUCAAACUCAAACCACAAUGAUGCUGAUGAAAAAUAUGUCUGCUUAUAUCAAACGCCUACACAACUGUAUGGAAAACUCAGAUUUUCAAGAGGAAUGAUAUUGGAUCAUCGCACGAAAAAGCAUGUUUCAAGUCUUUAUGCUUCGGUUCUGCAUGCAACUGAAGCAGUAUCACGUUUUCUAACCAUUUCAGACGAAAAGCCUGGAAAAUUAGUACAUGUUUAG